GUAUGCUUCCUAAACAGGUGGCUGAUGACCUGCGUCAGGGCAAACCCAUGCAGGCUCAGAGCUACGUCAGCGCCACCGUCUUCUUUAGUGACAUCGUGGGCUUCACCUUGCUCUCCAGCAGCAGCACGCCGUACCAGGUGGUGGAUUUCCUCAACAAGCUUUACACCACGUUUGACGACAUCAUCGACAACUACGACGUCUACAAGGUGGAAACCAUCGGAGACGCCUACAUGGUGGUGUCCGGCGUGCCCCGGGAGAACGGGAUCCUCCACGCCUCAGAGAUCGCCAGCAUGGCUCUGGACCUGGUUGGCGUCUGCCGCACCUUCAGGAUCCCCCACAAACCCAACAUGCAGCUGCAGAUACGAGCCGGGAUACACUCAG